CCAUCCACGUUCCAUGGCUCGUCAGACGGCUCAGGAGGGGCCAGGAGCAGCACAAGAAGUUUCACCACAACUAGCAAGCCUGGUUACGGUCCCAGAGGUUUCUACUGCCCCGGGACCAGGAGGUGGUUCAAUUUCUGUGUGGUUACUGGGCCAUUCCUACAUCUCCUGGGCCAGACGGCGAGCCGCAGUUAAGAACUCUGGUCCGCAGCUGGGCUUUCCCGAAGGCCGGGUGAAUAUCCACUGGUUUGGCGUUCCAGGUUUGCGGUGGCCAGGAGUCUGGCCUACAUUGUUGCGGCACGUAAGGUCUGGUCGCCGUCCAGAUGUGUUACUUAUACACGCUGGCGGUAAUGAUAUGGGACUUCGGUCUCAGCGUGAGUUGGUGUUAACUAUGAAGCAGGACUUAGAUAGAAUUCGGGGAUUGUUCCCGGAUUUGAUUCUGGUUUGGUCUGAGAUGGUACCGCGUUUAGUUUGGAGAUAUGCCAGGAAUGGGGACAAAAUGGAUAAGAGCAGGGUCAAGGUGAACAAGUUAAUGGCCUCGUUUGUGAGAAAGUUUGGAGGAAUUGUUGUACGCCAUUCCGACCUGGACGAUAAAAUGCCAGAUUAUUUCAGUAAGGACGGAGUUCACCUGUCCGAGUUGGGGAAUUCCUUUUUCACCUUGGCCCUCAUGGAGGGUAUUGAACGGGCCCUCGGAUUAUUGAGUGGCGGGUCGUGCCGCGCUUAAGGUGUCAAGCAGCCACGCCAGUGGCGGAGGG